GAUCCCCACGACCUCCCUGCUUUCUCGGCGCCUUUCAAGACCCGACCUUUCGCCAUGGCCGCGGCCGCCACCAUCUCCGCCACGCCCCUCGCCCCCAGCCAUGCCUUCGCCAGCCCCAAAAUGCUGCGCUCGCUCCCCUUCCUCCGGCGCCGGCUGCCCUCCUUCGCCGUCGCCGCGGUCAAGCAGGACGCGGCGGUCUGGAACGCGGCCCCCGUCGCCUCCAUCGGCGCGGCCAGCGCCGACGGCUCGCUCUUCCACCUGCGAGUCGACCUCUCCGACGCCGCCGACCUCGCCUCCUCCUUCACCGCGCCGGGGCAGUACCUCCUGGUCCGCGUGCCCGGGGAGGACGGCCUCAAGCCCGCCUUCAUGGCCAUCGCGUCCCCGCCGGGGGGAGGCGCCUUCGAGUUCCUCGUCAAGGCCGUGCCCGGCGCCACCGCGGAGAAGCUCUGCGGCCUCCGCAACGGGGACGUGGUGGAGCUCGGCGCGGUCAUGGGGAAAGGGUUCCCGAUCGAGAGGGUGACCCCGGCGGACGCCGCGGAGACCCUGCUCCUCUUCGCCACCGGGACCGGGAUCAGCCCGAUCCGCUCGCUCAUCGAGUUCGGCUUCGCGGCCAAGCAGAGAGCCGACGUGAGGCUCUACUAUGGCGCCAGAAAUCUUGAAACAAUGGCGUAUCAGGAGAGAUUUGCAGAGUGGGAGUCAUCUGGGCUCAAGAUUGUGCCGGUAUUGUCACGGCCAGGUGAUGGCUGGAAAGGUGAAAAGGGGUAUGUUCAGCGCGCGUUCUUGGAAGCCAAGAACAUCGCCAAUCCUACUUCCACUGGGGCUGUGCUAUGCGGGCAAAGCCAAAUGAUCGAGGAGGUCACCUCGGCCCUUACAGCUGAUGGUGUAUCACAGGAUAAAAUCUUGAAGAACUUCUAGAAUGAAUCUCCUGAAUGUAACUCAUGCUUCUUUGGUUGGGCGGUACUGUGCCUUGCUGUUUGUAUUAGAAUAUCUGUAAUUUGAUUCAUCGAUACUUCUCAACACAAGAUACGGUAGAUAUACAUGUUAUCAGAGUGCGUUUUGCUGCAAA